GAUAAGUAAAAGACUCUUAUCACCAAAGUCAACAUGAAAUCAGGAUUUUGUCCGUUAUUAUUAUCCCUGUCGUUCCAGUGUGUAUCUUGUGUCCCCUCUACCCCAGUUUAUCCUGUUACAGCCGCAUUGUUUGAGGACCGGUUCUCGCUAAGGGAAUGGAAUGACACAAUAGAUCUGUUCAAGGAAAUAGGCGGCGACACUGUUUGGAAACAUGCGCCACCUAUGGUCCGUCGCUCAAUGAAAGAUCUGCAAAAUGACUCUGUGUUUAAGAAUUGUGUGGAGGAUGGGAACGAUUGCUUCUCGCAAGCGCAAAAGGAACUGACCAGUAAAGGUCUGAAGAUUUUAUCGUUCGCAAGUUAUCAAAAUUCGGAAGCGUACGGUGAAGCCGUACUCAAAUGCCCACAGUACGACAAGAAGAUAGUAAUUUCAAAAGAUACUUUCUAUAGAAUAGUGUUACCUGCAGACGAUCAAAGCUCCCCCCAGUGCAACAGUUAUAAUGGGAAGAAUGUGAUUGUCUUGUUCGCUUCUUUAUCCGGCCCUGAUCCACAUGGACUUCUACUUGAGAGUGCUUUUGGCAGGAACGUUUCCGUGUAUUUUGGAAUCCCUCGUCUCCCUCGACUGUCUGAUAAAACGGUUGACAUGCAAUUGAGGACAGCAUAUUAUGGAUGGGUACAACGAGUCCUGCAGGACCACAAAAGUAGAUACACCGUCAACAGAUUCCAAGACUUCUCUACCAUCGGAGGUAGAAGCCCCAUCACGAAAAAGUUCCUUUACGAUACAGUUGUAGGAUAUUACAUUUCUGACGAGGUCAAUCUUGGAAACGUAAAAGAGACACAAAACAUUAUUUCUGCCUAUUCCGCUUUGUCUUCGACAGUGAAAAGCCUUGUCAAAAAGAGAACAGCAAUCUCUCCUUUGGUGGACUUGACCACAUUCGGAUCGAACAAAACAAUAGAGGACCACGUGCAAGGACUGAGGGUGCUUGCAAAAACCUCUGUUGAUGUAAUAGCCAUCAACGAAGGGCGUGGUUACGGAAAAGCUGCGUACUACUGGCCGACACAAGAGAAUUUACCUGUAUCGCAAAUCGACAGCUCUUUAGACAAGAUCUUGCAAAGGAUAAAUCCGAACUGGAAAGUCAAUGGGACAUUCAGAGAUGGAUUUACAGGCAGUGUACAUGAGUUGUUUCGUGCUCUUGGAAAUGAAACCUCGUUCCUCAACCAAAAUUCCUCAAAGUUUGAACUUUGGCUGGGUAUAGAUGCGUUUGAUGACUUGAAUGAUGAUCCUUGUGUUUCUACAAAGAAGGUUGAGAAGACCAUGAACGCAGUCAACAAGUCCAGAAUUGAUCUCGCACUUUCUCACGGGGGUUUUGCUGUGCAUAAAGUAGUUGCCUUUUCUUGGGACCCUAAUUUUACGUGCAGGACCAAACGAUUUAAAAAUUCUCUAGCAGACGCAAUUCUGAAUGAUUACGAUCGUCCAAUAAUGGUCGAUUGUCGCUUUCACUCCUCGGCUAACCGUUCCGUUGUUAUCCUUGGGAUUAACCUUUUAGCCCUACAACAAAGCUUUAAGAUCGAUUGGCCAGACAGAGAUGGAAACCGCCAUACUUCUAGUGCUUAUGGUUACUAUUUUGAGACUGAUUACGGGUUAGAUCACGGACUGAUUCCUACCAUUAUCUACACGCAGACCUACGACCCUUACAACGUCAUUGACCUUGCAGACAAGGGUUACGUCGCUGUACAAGCCGGAGGUGCCUACAACAAUUGCAUUUUUGAGUUCGAUUUCACUCGAGAGUCGAAAAGACCAAAAUUUUGAAAUAUGAGCGAUUUCUUAUAAUUUCCAUCUUCUUUUUCUGUGGCGUAAUUAUCAACCUUCCCUGUUAUU